AUGGAGGACGGCGAGGGCGGCGUGCUCAAAGAGGGCUUCCUCGUCAAGAGGGGUCACAUUGUCCACAACUGGAAGGCGCGAUGGUUCAUUCUCCGGCAGAACACGCUGCUAUACUACAAGCUUGAGGGGGGCCGGAGAGCGACUCCUCCCAAGGGCCGCAUCCUCCUAGAUGGCUGUACCAUCACCUGCCCCUGCCUGGAGUAUGAAAACCGGCCUCUACUCAUUAAGCUGAAGACUCAAACAUCCACAGAAUACUUCUUGGAGGCCUGUUCUCGAGAAGAGAGGGAUGCCUGGGCCUUUGAGAUAACGGGGGCUAUUCACGCUGGGCAGCCAGGGAAGGUUCAGCAGCUCCACAUUCUGAAGAACUCCUUCAAGCUGCCCCCUCACAUCAGCCUGCAUCGCAUCGUGGACAAAAUGCAUGACAGUGGCAGUGGGAUCAGGCCGAGCCCCAACAUGGAGCAGGGAAGUACCUACAAAAAGACCUUCAUAGGCUCCUCCCUGGUGGACUGGCUCAUCUCCAACAGCUUUGCAGCCAGCCGUCUGGAGGCAGUGACUUUGGCCUCCAUGCUCAUGGAGGAGAAUUUCCUCAGGCCAGUAGGCGUUCGGAGCAUAGGAGCCAUUCGCUCUGGAGAUCUGGCCGAGCAGUUCCUGGAUGACUCCACAGCCCUGUACACUUUUGCUGAGAGUUACAAGAAGAAGAUAAGCUCCAAGGAAGAAAUCAACCUCAGCACUGUGGAGUUAAGUGGCACAGUGGUAAAACAAGGCUAUCUGGCCAAGCAGGGGCACAAGAGGAAAAACUGGAAGGUGCGGCGCUUUGUUCUGAGGAAGGACCCAGCGUUCCUGCAUUACUACGACCCUUCCAAGGAAGAUAACAGGCCGGUUGGUGGAUUUUCUCUUCGUGGUUCACUCAUAUCUGCUUUGGAGGAUAAUGGCGUUCCCACUGGAGUUAAAGGGAAUGUCCAGGGAAAUCUCUUUAAAGUGAUUACUAAGGAUGACACACACUACUACAUUCAGGCCAGCAGCAAGGCUGAGCGAACAGAGUGGAUUGAAGCUAUCAAACAGCUAACGUGA